AUGGGCCAGCAUUAUCCGGUAACUGCUAAGUUACGUUUCCCAUGCACCAAUAACAUAGCUGAAUAUGAGGCUUGCAUCCUGGGUCUCAGAUUGGCACUUGAUAUGGGUGUUCAUGAAUUAGCCAUCACUAAGAAAGCAAUUGCAGAUUUCAUCAGGAAUAACUUGAUUUGUCGAUUCGGAGUGUCGGAAUCAAUCAUUACGGAUAAUGGGGAAAACUUGAACAGUCACUUGAUGAGUGAAAUUUGUGAUCAAUUUAAAAUCGUGCAUCGCAAUUCGACUGCAUACCAUCCCCAAAUGAAUGGAGUUGUGGAAGCAGCCAACAAAAAUAUCAAGAAGAUCUUAAGAAAGAUGAUCAAAAAUAAUAGAUCAUGGCAUGAGAUGUUACCUUACGCUUUGCUAGGGUAUCGCAUAACAGUUCGAACUUCCACCGGGGCAACCCCUUAUUUACUUGUCUAUGGGAAUGAAGCCGUGAUACCUGCUGAAGUUGAAAUACCUUCUCUAAGGAUUAUUCAGGAAGCUGGGUUGAGUAACGAAGAUUGGGUCCGUGCUCGCCAUGAGAAACUCAUGUUGAUUGAUGAGAAGAGAAUGGUCGCUGUAUGCAUGGUCAGCUAUAUCAACACAGGAUGGUUCGUGCUUUUAACAAGAAGGUGA